AUGACUCUUAUCAAAUCUAUUUCGAUGAUUGGUGGCAAUUCAUUGGAGAAUGUUUCCAACAAUUUGAUAGAUGGAUCCAAUGGUAAAUUAUCAACUGAUUCCUACAAUCAAGAACAAUAUUUUGGAAGAAGAAGAACAACCAACAUUAUCUUUGGUAAUAAAAAUGUCUUUGAAGGUAGUUGUUGUGGUGGAUUCAGAUGUGGUGGUUGUGGUUGUGGUGGUUUUGGAGGAUUCUAA